AUGGAACUCCACAACCGGGAACAAGUAGAACAUUUAAUUCAUCUCGCCAAAAGUGAUGAAUCUUUUCUCUCCUUCAAAGAAUUGAAACAAUUAAAAUCAACACUAAUCAUCACAGCUGAUUCAGGAGAACCUUCUCAUUUCAUGAAAACAAUUAGAGAGAAGUUGUGUUCGUUUGUGAGAGCUCCGAUCUAUUUGGAACAACAAAUUAGCCUUCUUGAUCCGAAUGUUUCAAUUCCGUGGCUUGAGACAGUGAGUGAGAAAGAUUUGAUAUUUAAAGCAGUGGAUUUGAUUGCUCAAACAGAUUUAUGUAGUUGCAGACCUGGAGUGAUAAAGUCCUUGCUGAGAAAUUAUGAUCUAUUGGUAUUUACUCUUUAUGCUGGAACAGGUACAAGAAUGUGGGAUCAGGAGACUUUAUCAAUUUUCCAUCAAUUGAUUGAUUCAAAUCAAAUUGCUGUACUGUUUUUGAGAGGAAGUGAACAAGCAAUGCCCUUUAAACUUGGAUAUUCUUUGGGACGAACAGAUGGAUUUAUAGAAUUUAUUACUGGUGAUAUUGCAUUAAAGGUUGACAAAAUCAAACAAAUUAACCAAAAAAGUUUGGAGGUUUUGAUCAAUAGACAAAAAAUGAAUUUGAAAGAUAACAUUCAAGAAAGUAGUCCAACAGAAACAAUACUUACACCAAAUUGUAUUUAUUUGUCUGAUACAUAUAUGUGUGGAGUUGUGGUUACAACAUUGACAAGAAAAGAUGAUUGGCACUUUUUAGCUGAAAGUUCAGACUAUCAAGGUAAAGAUAGAGUUUCAUGGUUAGUUCACAAAAACAAUAAGGUCAUGUUUACUCCUUGGUAUGGUUUUUCGCAUGGCAAUAAUUCUCAAUAUGAUAUCACCUUUUAUUCCCUAAAGUUUCUACUGUUUGAAUAUUUGAGAAAAAGUGGAGAAACCUUUGUUAGCAAUUUGGCUUUAAAACAGAUUAAUAAUCAACUUUCAGAUAUGGAAAUUAUUUUUUGA